GAUAAUGUGAGCGAGACUGAGAAGAAGCAAACGUCACCUAGUUUGCGCUUCGAUAUUGUAUAUAUUUGUACAAAAUAUAUGCCUUGAAUAUUGAUUAUUACAUUUUAAGCGAAUCAAAAGGAAGCAAAAUAAAGCGGGGACAUCUUAACAAUGCUUCCCAAGUUUCCUUCGGGGGGUGGCAAACGAGGCUUCAGCUCAACCUGGAGCAGCUACCUCCCCUACGUGGAUACUUUCAAGAAACGAGCCUGCAGGUUCAUUCUGCAUCACUAUUUGGGCCGAUUCUUAAAAGACCACCUGACACUGGACCAGCUGACAAUAGAUCUCUAUAACGGAACCGGAUCCCUGCAUAACGUCCCGAUAGAUAUCUACAGUGUGAACGACGUAUUGGAAAGCCAAGGCAUUCCUGUUGAACUAGUUAGUGGAGAUAUAGCGACUAUAACUGUGAGCAUUCCGUGGUCUAAUAUAUUCCAGAACGCGUCCAAAGUCGAGAUCCAUUCCCUGACUAUAGCCAUAAAAGGCCAGUCAGCGUCGUCAGAUUCGACUUUUCUAACUGAAUCCUACUUCAACACACUUAUGACUACCAGCUUUCAUCUCGCUAAGAAGUGCUUGAAUGUUGAAGAUAUUGCGGCUAAUUUUGACAACCAAGAACAACAUGCAUCAAACGUGAACUCUUCAAACCCAACUGGAAAUAGACCACAGCAACAGCAAGGAGAGGCGCUCGAGUUUUUCGCACAGGCUAUUGAAACCGUGCUUCUGAAAGUUCGAAUAUCACUUGUCAAUACCAAAAUCAGGUUCGAACCAUCGGAUCCCUAUUCAGAUUCGAUCGAAAUUGAAAUUGGUAGAAUUGAUUUUUUUGAUGAUUCGGUCGGUGAUGAUGAAAGUCUCGUGGAUGAAAAUGAAAACACGACUGCAAGUGAAAGUGAAGACACCACUCAGUUUUUCACGUCGAACUUCAGCACUAAGGUCUUCAAAAUAGAAGGCAUGUCCAUAAAUCAUGUUCCAAACGCGUGCAAUAUCAACAAAGUGAUGACGGAAGUUCUAACCACAGAAGAACUGCAUUCUGCAAUGGGUAGAGAUGCAAAUGGGGGAAAUUUAGCUGCUCCAGUUAAAAUUGGGGAGUUUUUGGGCAAAGUGGAAACGAAAGUGAAAAUGAAACAGAACCCGCAUGCCUCGGGGGCAAAAUUGAGCGUGGAGUGUCUUCUCGGGUCUCUGUCUCUGUUCACUCAACCUAAGCACAUCAAAGUAAUAAUAGAUGUCCUGGACGGCUUCAUUAACUCAUCAGCACCGAAUACAGUGCACGUACCCCCUGGCCUUCAAUCGGGACCAUCUACGGGUAUGACUGAUAAAUCUGGGCUGAUGUUUGCAACGUGCCAGUUUGAAAACGAUAUCAGCCUACACCAAAAGUUCUCCAAAAUAGGAUUGGCCAAUGAGCUCGGAGAACGAGGGCGACCUUCAAUGCGAGCAAAUGAGUCAUUGUGCCGACAGGGUCUGAAUAAUAGGUGCAUGGAUAGUAUGGGCGGUCCACCUGGAGUGAAUAAUGCGAGUGCUGUCUACAAUGAUGAGGAUUUCUACUCUAUUUACGAUGAUAACUCAGAGCAUAAUUCGAUGACGUCGUCGAUGAUAUCGGGUACAACUACUACGGCCACGACACAUGUGAAUGAUCAACGCAAACGACGAGACGGAGAUUCGGACACGGAGCCCACGUUAGUCAACAUCCGCCUAAACGGAUUCUCCUUAGUUCUACUGGAGGCAACAAACGAGGACUUCGACACACUUUCGAAAUCAUUCUACGAAAAGUUCCACCAAGUCACUAAUUUCAUGACAGGUUUUGGACCCAAAGACGUGUAUGAACAGAAAAAACUGAUCCAAUCCGCAUGUAAUUUAAACCAUAUAACACUCCUGGCUUGCCCUGUUAAUGCGCGGCUCAUUUUAAACCAAUCAAAAACAAGCGCGAAGUCAAACGCUCUGCUAACAUUCGCUUUCUUCGAACUCACGGAAUGUCUGAAUACGCCAACUGGCAGACAGGAAUCGACUAUUUUAACAUUCGCUAAUCAGAAGCAGUUCUCCCCCAAUGGAAUUCUGGCACAACCGAAUAUGAAAGUAGAAAUAUCUUGGUCUAAUGAUUCAAAGCGAGAAUCCUCAGACGCAAAGAAACGAGUGGCUGUUCUUUUGGACUUAAUGCCGACAGUUUUGAAUCUGGAUUUGACGUUACUGGAUAGAUUGAUUGAGUUUUUUGAGUGUAGCAAAAAUCCAGAUAGUGACUCUUUUGCACAUCACGAGGCGUUUGUGCUAGACCCGGAACAAGAGUUGAUGUCUUCGCAAAAUCAAUCACCGGAAACAAGUUGUUGCUUUGAACUCAGAUGCUCAGAAUUGGAGCUCACGUUUUAUAUCCCGAUUCCAAUUUUUGACGAAGAAACGAAACUGUUAGUGUCAACUCAGCGUAUUAUUCGAAACGAAGCUUUUCUUUUUAAUUUUACAGCAAUGUCUCUCAAAUUUGAUUUCACAAAAGUUGACGAAGAUUUGUCAGUGUGUCUUGAAACGAAUUGCAUUGAGAUGUUUCUUGUAUCUAAUCUAGUAAGUUUGAAGUUAUGUCGCAUUGGAUCAGACCAAAGAAGUAAACCGUACGUUUCCUUCAAACUCUACCCUUUCCACGGUGAACUAGAAUCAGCUAACACUUUCGAUAUGAAUACGGCAUCAAUGUAUGAUUCUUUCCCCUGUGAUUUUUCCAGCAACUCUAGAAGCAAAAAGUCUCCGUUUAGUUCGAAAGUUAUUAUUCAUAAUUCUCAGCCUGUAGUGAAAUGUGGAACCCAUAAAGAACUGAGAGACUUUGCCGAGGAUUGUCUUGCAGAUUCUCGACUGGUGCUGAAGAUCUCGUUGCCUCUUGUGUCUCUGUUCAUUCCUAAUAAGGCAGUUUUCGACCUGAUUUACAACAGGUUCUCGAAUGACUUGUUGCUCUGGGAGCCACUAUUCUCACAGAAAGACCGCUCUGGCCUGUCCCAAUCGGGAAACGACAAAGUAGGUUUAGGCUUAUCGAGUCAAGCUGCGGCUGUUUCUAGAAGCAAGCAACAUUUCUCCAUGUGCAAAUCGGGAAUCAGGAGCGCGUAUGGAAACUGGGAUCAAAAUGACGAGGAAGGUGGAAAUGGAAGUGAUGAUGGAUUUGAUACUUCGACUAUGGAGGACAGCGAUAGCAGAAAGGCAGUCCAGAACUGGCUGUCUCUCCAAGUGAAGUUUGGUACCGUGAAGCUGGCACUGUCAGAUGUGAAUAAAAUGGGUGAACGUGGCAAUGGCAGGGAAAAUAAUGCAAGCGUAUCAUUCCAGUCGUUCUCGGACGUGAAGAAUGGAAGUGUGUUUGUUGUUUGCGGUCACGGGGGAUGUCCCUCCACCACAUUUCUCACUUUCGCAUGCUUCGACGGACAAUGCUACCACAGUGAAGAAGAUGUCAAGUGUGUCCCAUUUUCAUUUGAUGACAAACUGGAAGCUCUCUUCCCCAGCUACAUGGACUUGAAGCUGCGCAAAAGCAGACUGGACUUGAUGGAGCCGGAAAACCAAGACUCUUUCUCCAAUCCAUUGUUGUCCCUCGCUGUCAAGAUACACGCAAACAGGCCAAAGAACUUCAAACACAUAAAAGUGGCAUUGAAUGCGGAGGGUGUGACUUUAGUGCACAGAUUUGACCAGAAGCAGUGGUACGAAGACCUUAUUGAGAUGUUCAGCCCGAAAGACGAGCCCAUCCCAGGAUACAAAUUUCUCCCUGUUUGCACAGAGCUCCACUUGUCUCUAACUAAUUGUGCAGUCAUGUAUAGACCACUGCAUCUACCUUACACCGUUUUACUGAACACAGGAUGUUGCUACUUAUCAUCGAACGUCGUGGCAGACGCGACUGACUCAAUUUUCCAGAUUAUCGUCGAAGGGGCUUCGCUCUAUAUAUCUUGUUCUCGAUCUCUAAAAAGCAGAUUAUCGGAUUUCGCUAAGAUGGUGGAAACGGGACUUGUUUCGUUAGAAGUGAUAACCAAAAAAGUUGCGGAUAAAAAGAAGAAGGAAAUAAGGUUGAGCUGUGACAUUCUGAACGUCUACACGUGCAGUGACUCUCUCAAAGUGUUUUUCGAAGUCAUCCAGUAUUUAGCUGCCAAUGGAGACUGUCCGGGGGAUAAGCCUCUGUCGCUGGGGGAGUCUUCGCAAGGCGCUCCUCCGGAAGCUAGCGAGAUGACAGAGAGUCCACGCGUCGAUGAGUCCUGUGAUGUGUCCUCGAGGUCCCCGGUUGAAGUGAGAGGAACCCGUUUGAAGGAUGACAUUGAUGAUAACUCAGUGAACUUAAACCAGAUGAUUCAGUCCGCAAUUAACGAAGACUUGUGCGCAAGUGUGCAUCCAGAUUAUACCAUAGAAGCAACGAAAAAUGCCUUUUUCUUCCCAGACGACUCAGUUGCAGCCGCCAAACCAGUUCAGUUGACCGAGAAUCCGCACUCCAGCUCAUCAGAAGACAGUGCUGGUCAAUCAGCCGACCAUGUUGUCGAUUGCGAAAAGAAAGAGUACACAAAAAGUGAUUCGCGAGCUGUCUUGACGUUGUCGCCAAGCGAUUCAUUUGAGGGCGGAGUCGAGGGUUUGCUCGUCGCGUCUCAGUUUUGCGUGAUUGAAUCGCCUUUCGUGCGCAGGAGUUCUUACGAGGGCGAAUGUUCUAUUUUAUUUCACGACGACGGAGAACUGAAGCUAGUUGAAGAGCAUUUCGCAGAGCCAAUUUCUGGCAAGCGAGAUCGAUUGAAAUCUGCCAGUUACUUGCCGGAUCCUGUCUGUAAAUAUAAUAUCCAGGAGUUCAAUAUAUCAUGGAAGUUGUAUGCCGGUAAUGACUUCCCAAGCGUGAAUGGAAUGCAGUUUGGAAGAGAUAAGAGCAAUUCAGUAGAAGUGUGCUUUCAAAAGAUUGAGCUUCUCUACGAUCGCUAUGACGACUCAAAGUACCUCUCUAGACUGGCAGUGGCGUGUGAUGACGUGGAGAUACUGGACAGGAUCGCUGCCUCUUCCAUCAACAAGAUGCUCUACUGCUACUCAGCCGAGAACUGUCUCAGACAGGCGCACUCGCACAUGGUCAUGUUCAAAUACCUCGAAUGUGUCCCUUCCGAGCUCACUCAGGAGGGUUCUGAAUACAUAGUGCGCCUGAAUUUACUGCCGAUUAGACUCAACUUCGACCAGCGAACGGUGUUCUUCCUCUCAGAUUUCUUCUCCGACAGCGAAAAGAACAAGAUUAGUCUGCCGAGUUCUGAUUUUGGAGGAGAGAAAGCUGGAAAAGUGCAGUUUUCAAUGCAACAAUCAGACGGCAAACGAUCAGCUAGGGUUUCCUUCAAAAAUACAGAUGCAUCUAAGCUCAAGGUUGAGCUUCCCGGUGUUUCAACUUCUGAUGAACGAAAAGAUUCGAGUAGUAGAAACUGUUCGAAUCUGUCUGGAGGAGACGGGAGUAAUGUAAGGCAAAGGAUGUUGCCGACAUCUUGUAAAUCAUCUACUGGCUCUCCGCUCAAGUCGAGGAACUCGUCGGCUACGAGCACACAAAAACAAUCGACGAGUUUCAUAAAGGAGUUCACUUUUCUGUCGGACGUCAUGAUCAAAUUCGACUACCACGGGAAGUACUUCGACAUGGACAGGGGCAAGAUGAUGGGACUGCUCGUGGGUCUGGCUCAGGUUCAAUGCUCACACUUGGUCCUCAAGCGGCUGGAAGCCAAUCACGGCAUCCUGGGUUUUGACAAUCUAGCCAUGUAUUGUGUGACGGAGUGGCUGCGAGAUAUCAAGAAGAAUCAAAUUCCUACCUUACUUGGAGGCAUUGGACCCAUGCAUUCAUUCAGCCAAAUCAUGAAUGGACUAGUGGACUUGGUUUGUAUGCCCAUCGAGCAGUACAGGAGAGAUGGGAGACUCCUUAAGGGGUUCCAGCGAGGAGCUGCAUCAUUCACUACAUCCUCAACAUCGGCUGCACUCCAGCUGACUAAUCGGCUCAUCAGUGCCAUCCAGUUCACGGCCGAGACUGCAUUCGACCUGUUGUCGCCAAACCCGAGGUCCACAUUGCCAGCACCCCAUUCGAGACACUCGGCCCAACCCAACGAUUUCAGAGAAGGACUCAACAUGGCAUAUAGGACACUAUAUGAAGGGCUCAAUGAUACCGCUAUCACUCUGGUGCGAGAAGCAGUCGACGGAAGGGACACUCGGGGACUCACAGGAGCAGUGGGCGGAGUGUUGCGUCAGAUCCCGCCUACCUUGAUUGCUCCUGUGAUUCUGGCCAGCGAGGCAACAUCAACAGUAAUAGACGGUGUCUCUCACCAGCUGGCCCCAGAUAGUAGAAACGAAGCUCUGUGCAAGUGGAAGUACUGAACAUGAGUUGCAAAGUUCAAUCGAAACUGAUUGAUUCGGUUCGAAUUGAGACGGUUGGGUGUUCAGUGUAGUUAAUUUUUAGCCUUAAUCAAACAGGAAACUUUAAGUAGUGAUAGAAAUCAACGCAGAGAUAGAAAAAUUAAAAGGAUGAACAGGAAAUCAAAUUCCAUAACAUACCUUUGGAAACAGGUUUUGGUUUGACAGUUUGAUGGAUUUUAAGUUUCAAUGCAUUUUUUUUUUUCAUAUCACAAUUUCUAUCUGAUUAUUUUUUGGGCCAGUUAAAUGAGAUGAAAUUUUAAAGGGGAAUCGUUCUUAUUGUUCAUUGUGCAAAUCGAGAAUUUGUGUCCUUUUUUGAGAAGUAUCUAAAUUGAAAAAAAAACUGAAAUAAGUUCUAUUUUUGUGAUCAUCGGGAAUUUUACUUAGUGUCCCGUUUUAUUAUUCCCAGAUGCUAAAUUUAUAUGUCAGUUCGGAUGAAAUUGGAAUUAUUUUUUAAUUUUGCGGUUUUCCUUUCGGGAAAUGAGAACCUUACAAUUACACUCAUAAAUGUUGGUGUCAUGCGUUUUCUCUGUCGAUCUUGAAGCUCUAUAGUUAAUUAACACAGCAGAACAACUCUAUCAGGUGCUAAUUAUUCAUCUUAAUGAAAAUGGAAAUGUGAUUUAUACGUUAGCUUAUUCCGCAGCCAUGGUAUGCUUGCUGCUCUAUUAAGAGCACACAGUUUAUAACUUGAGUUAUACUUGAAUUAGAAGAUGAUUAGGUCUUCUGAAUUGUAUUAGUUUAAAUUAAGUAGUUUAAUUCACUUUUUGGUGUAAUA